UGUAUACUAAUUCCAAGCAAACUCAAAUUUCUUUUUCCCUAUUUUGUCAUUCAGUGAUUCUGGGAACCGGAUUAUACAGCGUAUUGACAUUUAGUUUGGGCUGCACCCAGGAAACAUUUGUUGUUCACACAUGAUAGUGACACAGGAAAUAGGCUUACAGUAUAACAGAAAUGCAAACACACAAGUAAGCAGUGCUCCUUUGACAGUCACUCUGGGUCUAGUUUUCGACAAUUUAAUGCAAAAGAGCCUGUCCACUGAAAGGUCAGCAUUAUUUAAAAGAGAAAAAUGGAGAUGAUAGAGGACAUUUAUGCAAAUGUAGAAAUUACUGCAGACAACAGAGCUGAUUCCAAUGACAGUGAGAAAUCAUAUGAAGAUAUUUAUGCGAAUGAGGACAAUAUGGAGAUCCAGAGGACAAGAAACUUUAAACAAACCGAAAGCUCAGGACUCAACACAGCAGGGGGCAGAUUCUACAGAGUGACUGCAGUGUGUGUGUUUACGCUUUGUGCUCUCCUGCUAACUGGCGUUACAGUGCUGUGGAUCAAAUUCAGCAACAUCUCUGUAGAAAAAGACCAGUUGAAGACCAGUAACAACAACCUGAUUUUAGACAGAGACCAGUUACAGACCAGUUACAACAACCUGACUUUAGACAGAGACCAGUUACAGAUCAGAUACAACAGCCUGUCUGCUGAGAAAAAUCAGUUACAGACCAAAUACAACAGCCUGACUGGAGAGAGAGAUCAGUUACAGACCAGAUACAACAGCCUGACUGCAGAGAAAAAUCAGUUACAGACCAGAUACAACAGCCUGACUGCAGAGAAAAAUCAGUUACAGACCAGAUACAACAGCCUGACUGCAGAGAAAAAUCAGUUACAGACCAGAUACAACAGCCUGACUGCAGAGAAAAAUCAGUUACAGACCAAAUACAACAGCCUGACUGGAGAGAGAGAUCAGUUACAGACCAGAUACAACAGCCUGACUGCAGAGAAAAAUCAGUUACAGACCAGAUACAACAGCCUGACUGCAGAGAAAAAUCAGUUACAGACCAGAUACAACAGCCUGACUGCAGAAAAUCAGUUACAGACCAGAUACAACAGCCUGUCUGCUGAGAAAAAUCAGUUACAGACCAGAUACAACAGCCUGACUGCAGAGAAAAAUCAGUUACAGACCAGAUACAACAGCCUGACUGCUGAGAAAAAUCAGUUACAGACCAGAUACAACAGCCUGACUGCAGAGAAAAAUCAGUUACAGACCAGAUACAACAGCCUGUCUGCUGAGAAAAAUCAGUUACAGACCAGAUACAACAGCCUGACUGCAGAGAAAAAUCAGUUACAGACCAGAUACAACAGCCUGACUGCAGAGAAAAAUCAGUUACAGACCAGAUACAACAGCCUGACUGCAGAGAAAAAUCAGUUACAGACCAGAUACAACAGCCUGACUAGAGAGAGAGAUCAGUUACAGACCAGAUACAACAGCCUGACUGCAGAGAAAAAUCAGUUACAGACCAAAUACAACAGCCUGACUGCAGAGAGAGACAAGUGUCAGUAUAGUAGCAUGCAGGCUAAGGAGCUUGUUAAAGAAGGAUGGAGAGUCUUUGGCACAGGUGUUUACCACAUCUCUACUGAAAAGAAGAGCUGGGCUGAGAGCAGACAGUACUGCAGAGAGAAAGGAGCAGACCUGGUGACUAUUAAAAGCGAGGAGGAACAGGAGUUUAUUAUUCAACAAAUGGGCAUUGAUUAUCAGGCGUGGAUUGGUCUCAGUGACAUAGAGACAGAGGGAAAGUGGAAAUGGGUGGAUGGGACAGAGCUGACCAGUGGCACAGGGUUCUGGUAUAAUGGGGAACCAAAUGAUGCAGGAAAUAAUGAGGACUGUGCGGAGAUGUGGAAGUUUUCAGAUAAGAUGGCCUGGAAUGACAGACCGUGUUCUGUGCAAUCAAAGUGGAUCUGUGAGAAAAAUUUAUUAUAAAAAUGGUAAUUUUAGGACAGACACAAAAUAAAUUAUUAUUAUUACAUGCCUUCCAACCUAUGAAAUGUAUGUAAUAAUUAGUAAGAGCUAUUUAUCUUGUAACACUUUCACUAACCUGCUCACAACCCCACAUGCUACUUCACCCAUUUCACUUACAUACAGUACUUUUUCAUAUUUUGAAGAUAUGACUAGUUCACUGAUUUAACUGCACUAAUAUAUAUAUAUAUAUAUAUAUAUAUAUAUAUAU